AUGCUCUCGCUGCUCUUCUCCGCCUCCUUCUUCUAUGUCUGCGGCUUUAUUCUGGUGGUGGGUGUACUGUGUGUGGCCUGGUGGAGUGUACACCGAGUAGCCCCAAUGGAUCUGCGCGGCUGCUGUGCGUUAGUGACCGGCGGGAGUUCAGGCAUUGGAUUGGAGAUUGCACGGGAGUUAACACGAUGUGGGGCCAACACAGUCAUCAUCACAGCGAGGCGAGAAGAAAUAUUACGACAGGCCGCCGCAACACUUAUGAAAGGCGAACACCAAACACGUGUCUUGCCAGUCGUCAUGGAUGUAUCGGAUGCCGACUCUGUAGAGAUGGCCGUGCAGACAAUCAAUAAGAUUCUUCACAACAAUGAAUCCACAGAUAAUAAUAAUAAUAAUAAUAAUAAUAAUAAUAAUAAUAAUAAUAAUAAUAAUAACAAUACAACGGACGGAAAAGUGGCAGUGGGUAUUGAUCUUGUAAUAUGUAAUGCCGGUUUUGCCGUACCGGCUCGCUUUCUCGACACCACUCCAGAUGAGGCACGUCGUUUGAUGGAUGUUAAUCUCUUCGGUGCUAUUCACGUGGUGCGGGCCCUACUGCCAUCGAUGUUAUUACGCCGGCGUGGUCGAAUUGUGUUUGUGAGUAGUAUGGCCGCUCGCUGCCCAAUCGCAGGAUAUACAGUGUACGCCGCCGCAAAGGCAGCCGUGCGGGCCUUUGCACAUGCACUCGAUAUGGAAUUAAGUCCACUCGGUGUGCGUUGUCAAGUCAUCAGUCCACCCGAUGUGGAUACACCAGGAUUACACACAGAGAAUCUCCGCAAAUGUGCAGAGUGUACGGCAGUGUCUGAGUCUAGUGGAAAUGCACCCGUUAGCGCCAACACCGUCGCCCGUCGUGUGGUGGCGAACAUCCAACACUAUACUUUCGAUACAUGCAUUGGCACAGAUGCGGUGCUUAUGAGUUGGGGAUCAGCCGGUAUGGAACCAGCCACAAGUGUAAUGGCGUUGCUCGCCCAAUUUGUGCUUGGCGGUUGGCUGCGACUCGUCAUGGCCGCACAUUCAAAACUACACUACGGUAUUGUGCAGCGUGUACGCAGAACGGAGAUGCAGGAGAGCACAAAGAAGACAUCGUAA